ACUUGGAAAUUAAUUUUUCAUUUUGUUUUUGUUCCUGAAAAUGUUCCCUUCUGCUGCACUCUUUGCUGAAGUAGAUUGCCCCUUUCUCCUCUGGGGCCGAUGUGAGCGACCCUAUUGCGUGUACAAGCACACCAAAGAGGACUGUACACUGUCUGUUUGUGGUGGGGCAACUGCAACAGGCCAUGGAGAUCACUGUGCCACCAGCAGAGCUCUUCACAGCCAUGAGGAGGACAGCAACACUUGUCUUUUGGAGUUGGAAAGAAUCAACAAACAGAUUGAAGCAGUCAGGAGUGAAGUGGAGAAAGAGCAAAAGAGACUGUCCUGGUACCAGUCCGAGCAGGCAGAGAGCGCUAGCGCUAACUCUGUGUCUAGACCAGCUGUUUCUAAAGACCAGAAUGGGAACCGGCUUAAAUAUAAAAAGACAGCUGCUCACCCCUCUGCCUGCAAAUAUGUGGUUGAUCGUACCAGACCUAAAACUGAUCUGGAAUAUGACCCUUGUUCAAAUUUCUCUUCUGAUCUGCGAUCUGGUAGCUUGAAAGAUAAAAUGAAGUCAACCAAUAAAGCAGAUCUGGAAUGUCAUCAGAGAGCCAAAGGACCUGCAAAGAGUGCAUGUGUGGAUCCAGUUCAGCAGCCAUCUUGCAGUUUUAAGGAUUCUGAUGACGAAGGCACACUUGUCAUUGACAUUCCACCUCUUGAAAAUAACAGAAUGCACAGCAGACCUCAGCAAAGCACAGCAGCUAACAAAGACCUUGCUUAUGUGGGAAAUGAACCGGGAAGUAAAAGGCCUUCAAAGAAAUGCACCCAUGGUAAAAAGGUAAGUGGAGAAUGCUCAGAGAUACUACCUUUGGAAAAGAACAAGGAAAAGUUUAGGUCCACAAAGAAGAGCACAGCUAGUGCCAUGCAACUGCUGGAUUCACCUGACAGGAAUCUUGUAAUUGAUAUUCCUAACCAGCAGAAGGAGAUAGGAAAGUCGAGACAUUCCAGGCUUCAAAGAAAACUGUCUUCUGAUGGAAUGCACAGUCUUGAAGAUGAAAAGACAGCCUCAAUUCACUGCACAAUGGCCAGUGAAGAACAUGAGCCAACCAAGAGGCUGGUUGUCAGUGAUGUAGAAAAUGAGCAAAAGAGCUUGAAGCAAAGCUCAGAUGACACUAAAAGUAGCAAAUCCAAAGUAGAGACCUCAAAACACCAAUCGAUUGGAACAGAGAAUUCUCUAGAACCUUGUGAAAAUGCUAAGCCUUCCUCAUUUGCAGAUACUCCAGUAUCUGUGCCUGCAAACAGUGUGAAUCUUGGUGGUUACGACGAAAGAUCCCAAAACAUUGAAAAUGUACUUGAUGACAUUUCCCGAUGCCUGGACCACCUGAGAAGUGAAAGUGAGAACAUCACCUGCCUUCCUGAUGUCGAGGCUUUCCUUCUUGACAAUAUCCCUUCUGCACCUGACUGUUCCAAGACAGAUGGUGACUUUUUUCCGCAGUCUGCCAAAGUUUGUGCACAAAGUGUGAAUACUGAGAAAACAGGAGUCGAGGUGCAACAAAACAGCCUUUCAAAUUGUGUUCAAAAAGUAGAGACCUUGCCCCUCAAGCACCCACCACAGGCCUUGCAAGAAAUUAUGGUAUUUCAGGAGUACUUCCCUAACACAUCAUCUUUCCCAGCUGUGACCAGGGAGCCUGAAACUGGUCAGAACAAUCUGACCUCUGUUGAAACAUGUUGGCCACCUGCACACAAAGUUCUUACUCAAUCUGUUGUUCAGAACAUGCCUGUAUGUAUUUCUGGAACUGACACUGGAUGCGUUUCUUCUGCACAGUCGGUAAAGUUGCAUAACUCGGCAGCCACAUCAAUAGGUUUGACUUCAGGUCAAGUUCAGCAAAAACCACCUUCAUCUGUUCCCUCAGGGAUCACCUAUGGAAUAGGCAGUAAUUCAGAGACCUCUUCACCUGCCUCAAUGGAUACAGCUAAUAAUAAACUCAUAGAAAUUGAGUCUAGCUCCUCAGAGGAGCUCAAUUACUCAGACCUAGACCUUUCAGAGACCGAUCCAAUGGAAGAGUGCUACAAGAUCUUCAUGGAGGCCAAUGGAGCUGAAACUCCUUCCGCUCAAUGUGAUGAGCUGGAGGAUGGCCCAAAGAUGCCAGAGGCUGAGGAAUCUGUGAAGCCACCACCUACUCAGAGGAAAAGAGUAGCCCAUGUGGCAAAGUUUGAGCAGGUCAGUAAGACCAAAGCGCAGGUUAUCGUGCCUCUUAGAGAUGGAGGCUCACAGCUACCCGUUCCAAGCCGGAGUCAGCAGUGCCAGAAGAGAGCAACAGCGCUUACAGCAGCAAUGAAAGGAUCCCAGUCCUUUAUUGCAGCCAAUGCACCCAAGAGAGUCUUCACACCUACUGUUAUAGCUUCAAGCCCUGUACCAAAUGCCUAUGUGAACAUCCUCCCGGUUGGUACGACCCUACGACUAGGCUCAAACCUGCACUUGAUCAUCCCUGAAGGCAAUUGUGCUUUACCGGUCACUCUAAUUCCAGCUACUGUUCCUGUAACACGUCCACUUCAUCAGCCAGUUCAGAAUCUACAGCCUGUACAGCCUCUACAUCCUGCACAACCAGCCAACUAUACACCUGCUAAGUCAAUUCCCACCAAGCGCAAAGCGAAAGGGCGUCCAGAGGUUGGAGUGAAGGUCCCACAUGAUGUGCGGCAGCGAUACGUGAACCUGUUUGUGGAGGAGUUCUUGAGAUCAUCUGCCACCGUGCAGGAUGCCUUUGAGAAGGCUCUGGCAGAAGAGAAGACCGUGUUUGACCGCAGCGUCAAUAAAUUAAAGUAUCUAAGCAUAGCAGUCAAUGCACUCAAGAGACUUAAAAAUCAAAACGCUGCUCCUGCCAAAUUUACUACUGAGAGAGAUGCACAGGCAUCUAGAGGAAAUGUGCCACUCAAUACUCAAGCACUCCUGGGAAACGGUGAUGAUGCACUAUAUGAUCAACUGAAGGAGCACAUUCUUACUGAGGCCAUGUUGAAGGAGAACAACUAUCCUUGCAAACACCCAGACAAAACUGGCUUUGCUGUUCAAUACGGAGACACCAAGAAGGGCAAUAGUGAUGCUUACAGGAAGAUUUGCUGUCGCUGUGGAACAUCUUUCUCUGUUAGCCAGACAGGAAAGCACACUCGCAAAGAGGAGUGCAACUAUCAUUACGGGAAAGUCAUAGAAAACAGAGUGCCUGGAGGAGUGGAGACGCGCUAUAGCUGCUGUGAGAAUGCUGUUGGUGCCCCUGGAUGCCAAGUGUUUAAGCUCCAUGUUCAUGAUGCAGUAAGUCUUCAGGGCUUCGUGAGCAGCAUUUCUAAGACUCGUGUAGGCUGUCCAGGGAUUUAUGCAAUAGACACUGUUGUCUGCUACACCACUCAGGGUCUAGAGCUGGUGAGAGUCACUGUGGUCAACAGCAGUCUGCAGGUCAUCUAUGACACCUUUGUUAAACCUAACAAUGAGGUCAUUGACUACAACACCAGGUUCUCAGGGGUCAGUGAGGAUGACGUGAAGGGCAGCAGCUCAUCUUUACGAGACGUACAAGCUGUGCUUUUGAGCUUCAUCAGUGCGGACACCGUUCUGGUUGGGCAUGGUUUGGAAAACGACCUGUGUGCUCUCAAACUUCUCCACAGCACGGUGGUUGACACAUCUGUGGUGUUUCCCCACCGGCUGGGUCCGCCACACAAGAGAGAGCUCAACAGCCUGACGGCAGAGUACCUCAGGAGGAUAAUCCAAGAGAGCGCGGAGGGGCACGACUCCCGCGAGGACGCUGUGGCCUGUAUGGAGCUCAUGCUGUGGAAAGUGAAAGAGGAUGCUAAAGUGAAAAGAUGGUGAUCUCAUCAGUAAAGCUCAUUGCUUCCUCAUCCUGAUAUACAGGACUGAAAUGCAUUGUAUUUGCUUAUAAAAAAUUGUUCACUUCUUGUCUCUUGAUUUGGGGUGGUUGGCGAUGUUGGCAUAUUAGUCAUGAGUUCUGUUU